GGCAAUUUACGCUUUAUCACUAGAAUGUUGAUAGGCGUUCAUUUAGUCGUAGUCGUGCCAACAUGCCAACUCCACAAAUACGGCAUAGCUAGUAAAGAGUUGUUGACUAGUAAAUCACAUUUAUUCAGAAGUUGGCAGUAGAAAGAUUUUAAAGUAACUAAAAUACUAAAAUGUUUGCAGGCUUGCGAAAGUACAAACGCUUACGCUGGUCGAAAGUGGAGCGUGCUAAUCGAAGAAACAUUGAUGGAAGGGAGACGAUGAUUGUUUUCGUCUACGACAAUGAGUGUCUAAAAGAAGAAGCCGAUGAUCCCGUGAAGGCAGUGCUUUAUUUUCAUCCCAGCUGGGUAUCGGAUACGCAGAAAGUGGCGCUUUGUGGACAGCUAAUGGGCAUAUCAUUCUUUCUGAAGGAUUGCUUCUUUAAGCCAAAGGUUAUGGCUUUGCAAAAUGGAAAAUUUGUGCUAAAGGAAUUCGGCAGAUUUACGUUGGCCGUUGGCACCGAUCGUAACAUCACCGAUUAUUUGCUCGAGCAACGCGCUGAUUUGCUCGCUUCGCUUGUCAAGUUUUUUCAUCGCGAUUUGCAAAGUCUCUUCGAUCAGUUCCCACAGCAGGCGCAAUAUAAAAACCUCUCGGAAAAGUUAUAUCACAUAUUCGAAACAUAUCUGCCGAUUUUACAACGUAACGGACAUAUUUUCCAAAACGUACCAAAGCUGCGAAUGCCUAAGACGGCCAGCAAUAUAUUUUUGGAUGCCAUACAAACACUACAAUGUUGUCAGCAAACAAAGGGCAUACUGGGCGGUGCCGUACUCUACCAUAACAAAGUGGUUGCUUCCCAGCUUGGCGACGCCAUUACCAAGCAGCUCGUACUUACCGAUCCGCUUCAUAUACGUACUACCGCCGAACAGAUACACAUCACCGAUUUUCAUAUACCCAAUGGCGUGCAAAUGUUAAUCGUUUAUGUGGAUGUGCCGCAAUAUAGUCGCUUAGCUGCGGACGCACAACGCGCACAAACUUUGCAGACCACCCAAUUGUCACAGGGUCUGUUGCCCUUUCAGUAUUCGAAGCGCAAAAUGAAACGCGACAAGUCGUUAAUUUUCACUAACAUACCAGAGGAGUGCAGUACUGGUGGCGGCACGGUAGGUGAGCAUGUGGAGGAAGGCGUGUCCACACCAACGGCUGUGUUGCAAACGCCGGCAGCCGUGCGGCCAAAAUCGUUGUUGAUACGCCCCACCCACCUACCGUUACGGCAUCGCAACGGCAUGGGUAGCUCGAAGGAGCUGCCUGAGUCGGGCAUAGCUUCGAUAAACUUUGAUGAGACAGAUUCGUAUCCGGAGUUCAUUGGACGCACCAGUGUGUGUUCAACACCGAUGACUGAGAAUAAAGUGCUGCAAGUGGGGAAUAUUAUGUCAAUUUGCGCCAAUCCAGAGGAUGAAAGUAAUUCGAAUAAGCAAAAGACACAAACUGCGAACCGUCGUAAUUCGUUGCGUCUUGAUUUUGAGAAAUUCUUUCAAAAUUUUAUUGCUAAUCCUAAUAAACAAUUGGAGCGACGUAAAUCCUUUACCGAUUUACAAGAUUCACUUAAGAAAAUCUCGAAGAAAUUGUCACUGAAACAAUUUUCGCAUAGCUUUAAGACUGACGUCAAUCGCAAUGGCAGCAUCAGCGGCAUCGAGGCCAUCGAAUCGCCCGAUUUUAUAGAGAAUGACGAUGAUGCAGAGCAAAAUUCAGACAACUCGGAUGAUAAUAACCGCAUUUCACGAACCAUAACAGAUCCCACCUAUCCUGUUUUUAACGAGAAUGGCCAACCCAUAUCUCGUAGUCUUUUCCAAGAGUUUAUCGAAAAAUACUACCGCCUUUGGGCGGAAAGUGGCAGUGGCAAUGGCAGCGCAAAAAAGGAUAUAGAAAUCGCACAACUCAUUGAGGAAUUCAAAGAGUUUGAUAAAGAGCUGAAAAAGUUGGAUGGGUCGAUACGUCAGGAAAUAGGCGACAAUACCGACAACACCACCACCACAACGCUCAAAGCAGAUCGAAAUUUAAAUACAGAAGCACCUGCAGUUGUGGCAACGCAAAAAGCUAAAACUCCACUAGACAAGAAAUCCCUUAGUCUUCCUCUGAAGCCACUCGCCGAUACAGCGUCAAACGAGCAAUUUGCUGCAGCGAGUCGCAAGCAGCCGGGUGGUGUGCCACUCACGCCACUCAUGGCUAAGCUUUCAGUGUUGGCUUUGAAUGAGGAACAUACGAGUAAUACGUGGGAUGCCAGUUCGGUAGAGAUUCAGACGCCACUAAACACAUCGAAAGUGUUUUCGCGCCGCAGUUCAUUGAAAUGUGAGGACGCUGUAGACGCCUUGGCGACAUUGCCUACCAACGUACAGAGCACUUCGAAUGGCUUAAAGCGGCUGGAGUUGUAUAUGUGUGGCCAGCAAAAUAUGACUUUGUUGUUGUUAAUGGAAGAGGGAACCGCGCGCCAGCAGCCCAUUGUGCAUAAUAUGUUCGAUAUUUGCGUGGCGAAAUUUCCGCACAUGGAAUCACAUUUAAAUCAAACACUCAAUGUCAAUGUGGAGGGCGAGAAGCGUGAAGGCGGCUACAGUUUCAUGUGCAUCGAUGCAAAGUGGGAUACGCUAGAGCGCAAUGGACCAUGGAAUCCGUUGGAAUUGAAUACACUGGAAUGCAUACAUCAAGACUUACAGUCGAAUGUUGAAUUAACGGAUGUGGUUUUGAGGUCACACGACGCCGUCUUUUAUGGCUACAAAUCGGGACGCACCGAAGUUUUUUACAAGGGAGCAGCACACCCAACCAGCGGCAUACCGCCACCCUCCGAUCCCAUGGGAAAUGUGGCGAUGCGCGCCAAAACUCAGCUGGAGCGUGAUCAUUCGUACAUUCUAUUUUAAAAUGAAGUAGUGGUAGGUUUUUAAAAGAACUUAUGGAAUUCUCAGCAUUUGUGUGUUGCCAUUUUGCCACAAAGCAGCUGUUAGCAAAGUUAAAGCGAACGCAAAAGGAAGUUAGUAGUAUUUUUCUCUAUUUUUUCUUUCUAUAGUAGCGAUAUUCAGAAGAAAAUGUAGUUGCAACAAAAAAAGGAACCAUUCACCUUAACUAAAUAACUUAAUAGUGCGCCACUGGCCUAACGCCGCUUAUCAUACAUACCUACAUCAUAAAUACGAGAUACUCUGACGAAACUACUCGCAACAUAAAGUUUAAUGUGAAAGUUAAAAAUAAAUAGAAAGAAAUGUGGUUGGCAGAAUGUAAUAUUUACACAGUUAGUUGCUUUCUGUGGACGUGGCUGUAUGUAGCUUUUUAAUUAUUGUAUGUACUUAUGCAAUACGUUUUUUAGUUGAUAGGCAAGAAAGCGCAUGCCAAGGCUGUCGGAUGGUGAAUAUUUAUAAAAUGACCUCGAAUGGAAAGUAGUUUUAGAAAAUCGAUUUCGAACUUGUUAAAGCUGCUCAUAAAUAAUAUUUUUUUAUGUUUGGAAAAUAAUUGAGUUAAUUUGUAAACGGAGAUCUUAACUCUCUUUUCUGCUCAUAAAAGUAUGCAUCACUUUUUGUUGAAAACUUUUUAAAACAAUGGACUAAAAAUAGAAAAUUGCAGAAAAUUGAUAAAAAUUACUUAUAAAAUUAACCUAACUUUUUUCUUGAAAUUUUAUUAAAAUUUUUUGUUACAAUUUUAUUAAAAAAAAACAGCAGUCAAAAAAAUUAUAUUACGCUGUUAUGAUAAGAAUUUGUUAAAAUAUUUUGGGUUAUUUUAACAACAGCUUGUUUAAAAAAUUUUGUUAAAAGUUUUAUAUUUUUUUGUUAAAAUUUUAUUGAAAAAAAAACCUAAAAAAGUAGGAUUCGCUUUUAAAUAUGUCGAUAAUUUGUUAAAAUAUUUUUAACUUUUGUUUAAACUUUUUUUAUGUCGUAUACUUUUUUUGUUAAAAUUUUUUCCAAAAAACAACAGUUCAAAAAAUUAUAUUUCGCUGUUAUUAAUAUAUAUGUCGAGGAUAUGUUAAAAUAACGCAUAAAACGGCAUUUAACUUUUGUGUAAAAAUUUUGGAUCAAAACCACUCACUUUUUUGUUAAAAUUUUAUUUAAAACAAAAACAGUCCCAAAAAGUAGAUUUGGCUUUUGUGCCGAGAAUUUGUUAAAAUAAUUCCUAAAAUGGCAUUUAACUUUUAUUUUAAAAUUUUUGUUAAAAACCGCUCACUUUUUUGUUGAAAUUUUAUUAAAAAAAAGUACAAAAACUUUCAUUUCGCUGUUAAGUUGAGAAUUUUUUAAAAUAACUCAUAAAAUACAUUUAACUUUCGUCUUAAAUUCUUGUUAAAAAUCACGUACUGUUUUGUUGAAAUUUUAUUAAAAAAAAAAAAAAAAAAAACAACAGUCCGAAAAAGUAUACUCCUCUAUUAUCUCGGGAACUUAUCGCCUAAAUUUAAAAUUUCUUUAAUUUUUUUUUUAAUCCGCUCAUAAUUGUAGUAUACCUUGUUUUUCUGUUAAGAGGCAGAGACAAGGCAGCUCAUAGAAGUUAGCUUCCCUUUGUUUUGAAAAUCUGGUAACGCAACUCAUAAAAACAGAGUUCACCAUGCCAACGAGUAUACUUUACUUCCAUGUUGAACAUUUUUUACCACAAACUAUAAAUUUAGACCUUUUUUUAUUUUUAAUGUAAUUAGAAGGCGCGUAUAAAAGUAUACUUCACUUUUAUGCUGAAAUUUGUUUGAAGCAACUCAUAUAAAAGUAGAAUUUUCUUCGUAGUGAAAAUUUGUUAAGGCAACUCAUAAAAGUAGACUUCGCCGUCCAUUAAAUAGACUUCACUUUUAUGCUAAAAUUUUAUUUAAACGAUUCGUAAAUGUAGAGUUAUUUUUAUGUUACAGUUUUUUUUUAGAAGCUGCCCAUAAAAGUAGAAUUUUUUUUUGUGUUGAAAUUUGCUUGAGGCAGUUCAUACUCGUACAUGAUUCAAUUAUACAAGGUUAAGUAAAGUUUGACUACUGAUUUCGGAUGCUACUUAAUCCAUUGAUGCAAUUUGGAAGCAAGGGGAAAAAGAGCAUAAGUUUAUCCCCUUUCUGAAAAUGUAGUAAAAAAUUGAAAAAGGUCGUUGUAAGCCAUAGAAUAAUUUUAUGUUAUUUUAUAAGUGGUACUUAAUUAUUUAUAUUUUUAACUUAACUAUUACCAUGGAUUUGUGUCAUAUAUAUAUUUUGACCAUGCAUCGGAUUGGAAUUUAUAUGUGCCACUUGUAAACCUACACUGAAGUAAUAAAUAAAACAACUUGAGAAUAGUGGAAACUCUUAACGAGGAAAAACCACUUUUAUUUCGUCACGUCCGCUAAUCAUACAUUUGAUUUUUUAACGAGAUUACCUGCAAACUUACAAGUAUAAAAUCUGUGUUAAAAAAGAUAAAUUUAUAUAUACACAGAAACACAAGUAGACGCCCAAAGCAUUGCAUACUUUACUUACAAUUAUCUUAUCGAAUGCUCAUUGUUCUCUUCUUUUGUUUAUUGCACCGGUUAAGAUGCUUUAUUCGAUACUUAUUUAUAUUUCGGUCAAACAUUGUUUGCCCACCCAGCGACAGACGGAAAGGUUUUCGUGUUCGCAAAUGUUCCACAUUUGCUGAAACUUUUAAGAAAUCAUUUCAUCGACACCGGGUAUUUAUACAAAGGCACGCUCUUAACGGCAAGACCUAUCGCUCAGAUUCUUGCGUAUACGUCAUUGUCCGAUGCUCGAAUAACGCACAAGCUGACGGAGCUGCAUCUAACCGUGCACCAUUCAGGCCGCCAGAAGGUGAAGUUAGCAGCACAGUUGUUUUCGCACACCACAGCAAGUGCAAUCCGAAGGUGUUAUGCGUUGGGGUUCGAUAUGUAUCAGCCCAUGGAUUGGUUCGAUAUUUUUAAUACAAAGUUUUCGAAUUUUCAAACUGCUGCUGCAAAAAAGCCCUAUGGGAUGGACUUGGGCCAGCAGGAUGAAAUUAUAAGUAAGAUGGACGCCUUGAACGAUGAAACACGCGCUUAUGGACGAAUUUCAAUGUUGCCUUUUCAAAGAGGCAUAUAACUAAGCAACAAGUCCCUCAGGGACUUAUAUCGUUAUGUUCAGGAAAAGUACUGCUUUCAGUACAUUCUGACUUAUCGAUUAAAUCAGGAUGUAUUGGAGCAUAUUUUCGGGGCGAUGCGUGCCAAAGGCGGGUUGUAUGACAAUCCUAGUCCUAUGGAAUUUAAAUAUAGAUUACGAAGAUAUUUAUUAGGUGAAUGAAUGCAUAUAUUACUCAUUUCUGAAUAACUUAACGCUUUUUAUUAACAGCACGAAAUACUUCAAUAUUAGUUGAUCGUGGUAAUGUUGAGGCCGACGAAACUAACUGGCUCCGUUUCUUUUACAGUAACUAGGAAUUUAUUUUAUUAUUUUGCUAUCUUAUGAAAAAAGCAUUUACAAUUGCCGACUCAAUUUAUGGAUCUACGUAUUUCAGUGCACAAUUUGCUAGUAUAGGUACAUAUAUUGUGAGUGUUGCUAAGGGAUAAAAUACCCUUUUAUACUUAAUGAUACACUGUUGGUCUGAAAUAUAUCUAUUAGGGAGUACCACCUGGCACUCCAAUGCUAGGAUACACUCGUUGCAUGUGAAUGCUACAUUUAUCAUAGCGAAUAGUUUUUUAUUGUAUCACAUCAAUGUUCCAAACAGUCCAUAUUGUCCCAUGAUCCCUAAAGUCUCUGAAGCUCAAGCAGGUGGACCAUCGCAUUAAUACAGCGAGUAAUGUUCUUAGGGCUGAACUCGAUAGGACCACCUUCAUGAAGAUUGUCUUACCGAAGCAUAAUUGUUCAAAGGAAUGGAUCGUGUGAUUGUAUCAACAAUAGCCCCAAAUGCCCCCUAGCUUAAGUUCCACUUCAGCUUUUAGGAUCUAGAAAGCCACUGUUAAAACAGUUCGUCAAUAGUAAAAAGAAAUUUGAAGUUUGGUCUAUGUGGGACGUCAAUGAACAUUUUAGACUGCCGAAGAUUUUCAAAUGAAUGAAUUUCUUCACCAAAGUACUUCUUUUAAAUAUUUCUUUAUUUUUUCCGUUCUUUCAUGGCACCCACAUAAUUGGAAUAUUGUAGUGGUUGUACUCGCCAGCUCGUUCAGUCUGUAUAUGUCCUCGCACUUUAUUUUGAAGUUUUCCCAUAUAUCCGAGGUGACCUUGAUAACUGCUUGUCUAUCCGACUAUUUCAGAAGCACGACCACCAUCGACCCAAAUAAUUAAAAACGUUAUUAAUUUGAAAAUUAAUUCAAUUUUAUCGUAAUGUGAUACUUACUCAAAUGUUUACAGUUUGAAUGUUUACGAUUUUCAACGAAUAAUGAAUAAGGCGAAGCGUCAAAAUGGAAACGGUGUUGCCGACAUAAUAAUUUGCACCAAAAGUUUAAUUUUUACUACAAUUUAAAAGUUUUUUCAUAAGUCAUGUACGUAUAUUUGUAAAGAAGCAACAUGUUUUCAAAUAAGGGAGCCGAUUUGUCAAGAGGAAGCGAGAAAGCUGCUUACUUACCUAACCUUCUAUAAUUGAAUCAUGAUACUCGUAUAAAGACAAGAUUUUUUUGUGUUGAAAUUUGUUUGAGGCAGUUCACGUAAAAUUAGAUUUUUUUUGUGUUGAAAUUUGUUUGAGGCAGCUCAUUUAAAAGUAGGAGUUUUUUCUGUUGCAAUUUGUUUCCGGCAGUUCAUAUAAACUGAAGAGUUUUUUCUUUUAAAUUUGUUUGGGGCAAUUCAUUUAAAGUAGGAUGUUUUUGUGUUAAAAGUUUUUUAAAGUAAAAAUACUUAUAUAGGCUUUACUUUUGUGUUGUGUUGAAAAUCUGUUAAGAAAAGCCCAUAAUAGCAGGCUUCACUUUAAGCGUUUGAAGUUUCUUGUGGGCUAACAAAAUAUUUGACUAUGCAAUUUUUUAACAUUAAUUAUUUUUUGUUAAUGGUAAGAAGAGUUGUAAGCCUUUAAUUUAAUAAAGAAGAGUUUGUCUUCAUCAUCAUCAUUAAUUCCUAGAGUUGGAACAGAGACCACAACAACUCUUGCCGAAUACGAAAAUACUUUCAGGUGUAAUUAGAAUCUGAAUAUUAGCAGUUAAUAUCUUUAUUAAAACUCAAUGUUAUUAGUAGCGUAAGGAGGGCUUGGUUUUCAUUAUACGAGUAUUAUUAAAAAAAUCUUUUUGAUAUAAAAAAAAAAAGUUAUAAGAGUUAAAUUUCACCUUUCUACUAAAAAUUUGUUCUAUUAAUUGAAAAAAAAUACCAAUACAUUUCUAAAAAUUGAUUAUUCGACAGCUCUCAAUGCGCUUUCACAUAUUUUAAAAUCUGUUGCACACCUUGAUCUAUGCAAAGUUCACAUAUUUACACCUAAGUUUUUAUAUAUAAUAGUUUAAAAUUUUGUUAACUAUAGCAUAAGAUUUAAACUAAUUUUUUAUACCUAUUCGCUUUGUUAAAUAUCUGUAAAAAUCCUGAAAAGCUUUCUUUGUGCAAUGCUUCUAAACGUAGUUUAAACUAAUUUAUUAUUAAGUGCAGAAAUCAAAAAAACAAAAAACAAGAAAAAACGUAAAAUGUAAAUUGUUUAGCUUAAAAUUUGUACCUUAAAACUGUCCAUUAAUGCUUUUUGUAAAAAGGGUACUUAUGUAACAAUUAUUGCGUCGCAUCAUACAGUUUUUAAUCUCAAGAUAUGAUUUUGAGACAUGAGCAGAGUUUUUAUUACCAAUACACAUAUAUACAUACAUAGAUGCAUAAAUAUAUAUUAUGAGCAAAAAUAAUUGACGAAAAUAAGAAAAAUACAAUGACGUGCCAAUUACACAUUCCAUUCCACUAAAUUAAAUUGUAAUCGUAUAAGUUUUAUAGCGAAAAAGGUUAAUGGUGGUGUAAAUCUGCAUAGUAACAUUUCUGUGGACUUUUGUCAAAACAACUUAAGCCGACCUGGCGUUUGCUGCCUAUUAAGCAAUAAGCAGGGUGGCACGAAAUUAAUCACCCUGUGAGAAGUUUUAUAAUUUUUGAAAAUGCCGUCGUACGCCAAUCAUAUUUGACACUUGUAACGAGGCAGCUGUACCAGAGACAAAGAGACGAGCAAGCAAUGGAGCGCAUAAAGGGCAAAAUGAAGACUUCCAAAUACUCAAAAAAGCUUUUUUAAUUAGUAAAUACUAAACUUUUGUGCUCUAAUGCAAUAUUGAAACAAUGAAUCAUGCUUAGCUGCAGCUUAAGCAUUCAUAUUCAGAAAAUUUGUAUAAAAAUGUUAAAUUUUCCUGUGAAAAAAUCAAUACUGAUUGGUCCAAAAGCAAGAAAUGCGCAAGUGCGUUAAGGGGACCUGGUGGUCUAGAUAUUUCAAAAAAUUGAUUUCUUGUUAUUUCGAUAUUUCGAAAGUAUAGUAUUAAGAACAUACUGUGAAAUUUGUAUGCGGAAAUUCCCUAUAGUAUAGCUUCUACAGCCCAUUAACUAGGUAGAGAGCGGUCCGCGCGCUCCUGCAUUUCAAACUUUAAACCCAUUUAUCUCGAAACGACUUUUUUCGGCCUGGUGUUGUCAAAAAAAAAAAAAACUACUCAACCGGAUCGCCUUAAAUUUUAAUAUGUUGUUCACUACGUCAAUGGCUAUCGCCCGUACUAGAAUAUAUAUAUUAUUAUUUCGUACUUUUUUUCUAAAUAAACUGAAAAACCCCAAUUUUUAGAGUGACAUAUUCAAAACCGCGCCAUUUUGUCAAUUUUUUUUUUUCGUUUUUUAUUCUAGUACUUUGGGACAUAGCUAGAGUGAUACGGAUUAAUAAUUUUUUUGGUUUUUGUGUUUCAGAUAAAUAAAAGAGCCAAGAUGGACAACACCGUCCAGGUCCAAUUUUUAGGGAGGGUCAGCGCCAUUUUUUAAAUUAAAAACAAAAAUUUUUUGUUGUAAAAAAAAAUCCUGAAUUUACCCUAAAUUUUCGAGCUCUAGACCACCGCGACCCCUUAAGUUGUUUUAUCAAAAAUCCACAGAUUUGGUAUAAAAUAUGAAGAUGCUGGUGAAAAUUGCUGUGUGUGAUGAGGGUUAAGAUUUUAAACGCAUGAAAAAAAAUGUAAUAAAAUUAUCAGUAACACUUUAUAUUCGCACAUAUAUGUGAAUCAAAUCAAAAGGCGAGUAAAGACGCGUUUACAUAGACGCUUCUUAUUUGAUUGUCCCUUGUCAAGAGUGCCAUUUUUCGUACGUUAACUGUUGCGUGCCUCACACUGAGUUCGCAUUUUUCAACAUUCUGCGUUGAAGCCAACUUCAAUUCGCCAUUUCAGGCGCUCUUGACUGUAUGUAAACACGUCCUAACUGCAUUCAUUAUCACGUUCACUCUUCACAUCAUCAAAGCUCAUUGUUUGCCAUUGCAAAAUCGCCGCCCGCAAGCAACGCCGUGCAAUUAGUUGUAAGUGAAUGCUAGCAAAAAAGAAAGAGAAGGAAGAAGGAAGUAAAGGGAGAGUUUAGUGCAGCAGUUAGAUUUAUACUUGAAAGAGAGAGAGUCGAAGAGCGUAAGCGAGAUAAAAAAAUGAAAGAGUUUAGCUGCUAGCAGCAUCUAUUAUACAAAAUAAAGUGCAAUUUUUUCGUUACUAUUUUCUAUACUUAAAUGUUUAGCUACUUAAAUGCUUUCUUAAACAUUUCAAUUGUUAACUUGUAUGUUAUUGCUAAUAUAUAUUUUUUAUUUAUUCUGAUUUUGCUAAACUUUCACGAUGUGCAUACGAACGUCUGCAUUGUGCACUCAUUUAAUUUAAGCGCAUAGCAAAAGGCAUUUCAUUGCUAUCGUUUGGUUAAUAUUAUAUAUUUGUAGAUGUAUGUGUGAAUUUUUAACAACAAAUAAAAUAAUCCAACUAUGGCGUAGUUUAUAUUGAUAUUUGAUAAGUACAGGAAUAACUUGUGAACGGAUUGUAGUAGGGAGAUUUAUUGGAAUACAAAUACAAAUAUUAAAUAUGGAAAAAUAUCAAACGUA